AUGGAUUCAUACGAUAGUGACUCAUCCGGCAUAGAUGAGGAGUUGGAUGACUACACAGAAACUGGAGUUCUUCUUGGAUAUGCUUCAAAGGAAGAACUCAGCGAUGCUAUCAGUCACUUAGGUGGAUGGCCAACAUGGCUUGACCCCGCGACCCCUCCACCAGGCAAUUUUGCUGUAUGCAAGGUCUGCAAUGACCCGAUGCCGCUUCUCCUGCAGCUCAAUGGCGAUCUACCAGAACACUUUGCGCACGACGAGAGAUGGCUAUAUAUAUUCGGUUGCGUGAGGCGGACGUGCAGUCGCAAAAAGGGGAGCAUACGAGCUCUACGCGCAGUGAAGAGGCACAAGACCGUCGAAGAGAGGGAGAAAGUAUUUGAGAAGCAGAAAGAAGAAGCGCAGAAUAAACCCAAACGAGAUCUAGGAGCUGAUCUAUUUGGAGUAAAAUCCCCUUCCGGUGCAUUGGGAAGCUCGAAUCCUUUCUCGACAUCCUCGAUUGGUGGUGGAAACAGCCCUGUCAACCCCUUCGCUUCUCUACCCCCUACAUCAUCGCUUGCAGCAGUGGUACCGCAGAAACCGGAUGAUGAGAUGACGACCUCGCCAGAACCUGCGGGGGAAUCUCUUCCCGAGACAUUUGCGCAAAAGGCCAGCAUUUCAGCACAGUCUUCUAAGCCCGUAGAUGGGCCGCAGGCUCCCUGGCCAGAUCAGUCUGCUUUUCCACCGCCUUACCCCCAUUACUUCUUUGACGCUGAAUAUGAAGCACUUUCCAAGACGGAGGCCCCGGUGCCUUCCAAUGUAAAGAUAGAUACCCUCGAGGCAGAGAAUGACGGUUCUUCGUCAAUUGGUGUAAAGGAGACGGAAAAGGAACUAUUUGAAUCAUCUAUGGAUAAGUCGUUUAUUCGGUUCUCGACACGUCUGGAGCAUAACCCGGAACAAGUACUGAGAUAUGAAUUCCGAGGAACCCCACUGCUUUACUCCACGAGUGACGAGGUAGGGAAGCUAUUUGCUUCAGAGACUACAAGUCAAGCGCAGUCGAACAUGAAGGUGCAAGUUAGCGGGAGGAAAGGCAGUAGCAAGAUACCACGGUGUGAGACAUGUGGUUCAGAACGUGUAUUUGAGCUCCAGCUCGUACCGCAUGCUAUCGCCAUGCUUGAAGAGGGCAUGGAAGGAAUUGGGCUUGGACCCAAGGACGAUUUGGGCAUGGAAUGGGGAACCAUCAUCUUAGGCGUUUGUGCGGCAGACUGUGCACCAGAGAUCGUAGGGGAGGCUGGCUGGAGAGAAGAAUGGGUAGGUGUACAGUGGGAGGAGAGGUUACAGCCUAAAUGA